AUGGCUCCAGUGCGCACAGAGAAGUCAAGCUCUGGGAAAACUUUCUCACCACAACCCCAAGCCGGCCAAUCAAUACGAAAAAACAAACGACCAUUAUCUGAUGCUGAACCGUCUGUCUUACCUGGCGUACAAAAGAUCAAAUCCGCAAUUAGACAGACGAAAAGACUGCUGGCAAGGGACAAACUAGCGGCAGAUGUCCGUGUCACCUCUGAACGAAAACUCAAGUCCUUGGAGGCUGAUCUAGCGAAAGCGGAACUGGGUCGCAAAGAACGAGCACUUUCUACACGAUAUCACAAAAUCAAAUUUUUCGAGCGACAAAAGAUCGUUCGCAAAAUCAACCAGACCAAACGAAAGCUUUCUGAGGCAGAUUCAUCAGGUCAGGGAGUUCUACAGACAGAACUUCACGAACAUAGAGUAGAUCUAAAUUACAUCAAUCAUUAUCCCAAAACAAAGAAAUACAUUUCUCUCUUCCCCCCAGAAGUUCGGAAUAACCUGAUACCAAUGUCCGAUUCGCCCUCCAUAGAAACUGACCAAGCACGCGACGAAGUUAAAACAUGGAUACGAGAUCAGAUGGCAGCUGGAAUACUACCCACAACUCCAGAGGACACUCAACACUCGCGGCGCAACGCGAAACAAACAGAUUGGGGUGAGAAGUUUCAAACUAAGUUCAAGGAGAAGGAGAUCCUUGGGGACAUGGAUGAUGGGAAGGACGAUUUCUUCGAAGAGGAUGAAGGCGAGGAGGAAGAAGCUUAG